UCACAGCUCACAACACCAGCUGUAGUCUAGCGAGUGCGAGUGCAUGGAUCGUAUUUAGAAGCUAUUCCUGAUUUUAAAACGUUUGCUACAAUCUAUUUGACCGUGCUAGCAGUGAAAUGAGGACUCCAGCUGAGAAGUUCGUCAUCUAUCCUGACAAAAAGGACGUGGUUGCUACUCCACCGUCACGUGCACCUUUGCAACAAAAAUCAUUGACGACCCUCAACCCAAACAAGCAGAAAGCGGUGGCUUCCCCUAAAAAGUGCGACGAAAAUAUUGAGAUUAACCAAGAAAAUUGCAAACCUAAAGCGGCUUUUGAUUUGUUUCCUUCUAGGAAAUUUAAGUUAUUGCCAGAAACAAAAAGUACAACGGAAAUUUCCACUCAGACAAACGCACAGUUUGAAGCGACUGGAAGUGUGACUGCCGAGGAUCUGAUUGAAGACACACCGAGCGAGCACUAUUGGGAAAGGUUGGCGAAGAACAAGGCUGCUUCCUUGGAAAAAGCACUCGAGGAGAACAGACUGCUGAAGGAGCAGAUCAAAGCGCUGGAGAGCGACAUGAAGAUUAAAGACGAGAUGUUGGAAGAGGCUAGGGCUAUGGCUGAGGUUAUCAAGGAGCUCGUUGAUUAAUCACAAGCUGAAGAUCAGCGCUGACUGAGAACCCGGACGAGCGGUUCUGCCAAAGACUUAAGUCGUGAGAAGUGAUCACUUUUAAUUUUAGCUGCAUGUAAAUACCCGUGUGUGUGUUUUAGGAGUGAAAGUAGGCAGUUAAAACUGUAUUAAUUAAAUGAUGUGAAAAUAAAUCUCCUGAAAAGCA